AUGGCGGCUCUAGAAAGCAAUCCAUCUUGGAUCGAAUGUGUGUCCACCAACAGCUCAACUCUUGUAGUCAAUGGCACACUCACGGUGGACGAUGGAGGGCGCGUUAACCACGGGCGCUGGCUCAUGAUCGUUGUGGCGAUUGGUUUGCUGGCUAAUUUCGCCUUCUUACUCGUUGUGGCUCGGUGUGAAUCCAUGCGUAACGUCACCAAUGUCUACCUGGCCAAUCUGGCUAUUGCUGACAUCAUCGUCUUGAUUGUGUGCGCAAUUCCCCUCGUGAGCGACACGUCGCCUUUCUCAACCAAAAUCUCGGGGUGUGUCUUUUUGGUCUUUGCGACGACGCCGUACUAUUCGAGUAUGUCAAUCGUGUCUCUGGUCGCCUGGGGUCGAUUUUGUGCCAUCUGUAAGCCGAUCAAGCACAGGGCAACAUCGAGCGUAAAGCAAAGCAUGAGACUAGUUGCUGCAGCUUGGCUCAGUAGCCUCGUUUACUGCGUUGUCGUGUAUUUGGAGCGCAUCAUCACUUCAGAGAAAUGUGAGGUGUAUGGCGUAACAUCACCCAACAAUCCUCUUAUCGAGAGCUGCAACAAGACACACGGGUUCAAUCCUUCCCCAUCUCUGAGUGACGUCUUCAAAGUCCUACCCUUCGUCUUGUGUCUCUCCAUGAAUUGUUGGCUGUACGCGCGCAUCGUCAAAACCUCAGAAAUCGAUUUGUGCAUCGCAUGA